UUUUACAAUAAAUACAUUGAGUCUACAUUUCUAUGCAUAUAAACAAUAUCGCUCUACGUUUCUUGUAACAAUUAGAAGUAUUGCAGCCACCAACAAUGAUGCUUCCAUGCAAGCCAUCCUACAAAACAUGCCAGCAGCCUUUGUUCUUACUUGCCAUUUUCUUGCUUUCAUCCUUCCGAGUCUUGGAUUCCACCCCAUCUACAACUUCUUUCACUUCUGAUAGGAUUAAUGAACCAGAGGCCCUUCUCAAAUGGAAAGCCAGCCUCUCCAAAAACAGCCAAUCUCUCCUAUCUUCAUGGGCCAUCGCCAAUGGGACUUGCCGUUGGGAUGGAAUCACUUGCAGCAAAUUCGGAAGCAUCGUCGGCUUGAACCUCUCAGGUUACGGUUUGAGAGGUACGCUUCACAGUCUCAACUUCUCUUCCUUGCCUAAUCUCCUUACUCUUGAUCUAGGAGAAAAUUCGCUUUCCGGAACCAUCCCUUCUAACAUCAGCAGCCUCUCCAAACUCACCACCCUCUUUUUGUCCUACAAUAGACUCUCAGGAAAUAUUCCUUCUGAGAUAGGCUUGCUAAAUAGUCUUAAUGUAUGUGACCUGGGUGCAAAUUUUCUAACUGGCUCUAUUCCUAGGACUCUAGGGAGCUUGAGGAACUUGACAGUUCUUUACCUUUAUCAAAAUAAAUUUUCAGGUUCCAUACCUCCAGAAAUUGGGAAUCUUAGAUCACUAAUCAAGCUUAGCAUGUCAAGUAACAGUCUAAAUGGUACAAUUCCUGCUUCCAUUGGAAACUUGAGUAAUUUAUCCCUUCUUUAUCUUCAUGAAAAUGAAUUUUCAGGUUCCAUACCUCCAGAAAUUGGGAAUCUUAGAUCACUCAUUAAGCUUAGCAUGUCAAGUAACAGUCUAAAUGGUACAAUUCCUGCUUCCAUUGGAAACUUGAGUGAUUUAUCCCUUCUUUAUCUUCAUGAAAAUGAACUUUCAGGUUCCAUACCUCUAGAAAUUGAGAAUCUUAGAUCACUCAGUGACCUUGCGAUGUCAAAUAACAAUCUUAAUGGUACAAUUCCUGUUUCUAUUGCGAACUUGACUAAUCUAUCCAUUCUUUACCUUUUUGAAAAUAAACUCUCUGGCUCCAUACCUUGGGAAAUAGGGAAGCUGAGACAUCUUUCUAAGCUUUCUUUGCAUACAAACAUUCUCACAGGUUUUAUCCCUGCUUCCAUUGGAAACUUGAGUAAUUUAUUCCUUCUUUAUCUCUAUGCAAAUGAACUUUCAGGUUCCAUACCUCGAGAAAUUGGGAAUCUUAGGUCAUUGAGUGACCUUGCGAUGUCAAAUAACAGUCUAAAUGGUACAAUUCCUGCUUCUAUUGGGAACUUGACUAAUCUAUCCAUUAUUCACCUUUUUGAAAAUAAAUUUUCAGGUUCCAUACCUCCAGAAAUUGGGAAUCUUAGAUCACUUAGUGAGCUUGACAUGUCAAGUAACAGUCUAAAUGGUACAAUUCCUGCUUCUAUUGAGAACUUGACUAAUCUAUCCAUUCUCUACCUUUAUGAAAAUGGUUUGUCUGGAAUCAUACCUCAUGAAAUCGAAUCUCUAAAUUCACUCAAAGAGCUUCAUUUGUCAAUCAACAAUCUUACUGGUACAAUUCCUCGUUCCAUCGGUAAACUUAAAUUUCUUACUUCUAUAAGCUUAUUUGAUAACAAGCUCCAUGGGAUAAUUCCACGAGAUAUAAGUAAUCUUACUCGGUUGCGGUUUUUGGGAUUAUCCAAAAAUAACUUCACUGGCCAUUUACCAGAACGCCUUUGCCAUAGCGGAUCCCUUAAGGUACUUAGUGUCCAUGAUAAUCAUCUUCAAGGUCCAAUCCCAAAAAGCUUGAAAAGCUGCACCAGUUUGGUCAGAGUUAGGCUUGAGAGGAACCAUUUAGUUGGAAAUCUAUCGGAAAGUUUCGGCCUACAUCCUCACAUAGUCUACAUAGAUUUGAGUGAUAAUAAUCUGCAUGGCAAGAUUUCGCGGAAAUGGGGGCGUUGUAACAAUCUCACAAGCUUGAAAAUGGCAAGGAACAAUAUUUCUGGUCGAAUUCCGUUGGAACUUGGAAAGGCAACUAACCUUUAUGUACUUGAUCUCUCCUCUAACUAUUUGGUUGGAGAGAUUCCGAAGGAAUUGGGAAGGUUAUCAUCAUUAUUCACACUUGAGCUAAGUGGUAAUCGACUUUCAGGAACCAUACCUGUAGAGAUUGGCUUGCUAUCAAACUUAAGAUAUCUGAAUCUUGGAGCCAACAGUCUAAAUGGUUAUAUUCCAGGAGAACUAGGAGACUGCAAGAAUCUAAUGAAAUUGAAUUUGAGCUGGAAUGGAUUCCUGGAAGGAGUUCCGCCUGAGAUUGGCAAAUUUUACUUCCUUAACAGUCUUGAUCUCAGUCACAAUGUGCUGAUAGGGGAGAUUCCUAGUGGACUGGGAGAAUUGAAAACCUUAGAAAGCUUGAACCUCUCACAUAACAAGCUCUCUGGUAGCAUACCAUCAAGUUUUGGUGAUUUGUUAAGCUUGACUUUCAUUGAUAUAUCCUACAACCAGUUAGAGGGUCCUGUUCCUGACAUUGGAGUCUUUCCCACAGUGCCCUUCGAUGCAAUUAGAGAUAACAAAGGUUUGUGCGGAAAUGUUACUGGUUUGAAGGCUUGUCCUACUUCGAUUAGCCACCGUCAAGCAAAUAAGAGAGGCAAAGGAGUUGUGAUCGUAGCCACAAUUCCCAUUGUGUGUGUUCUUCUGCUAUUGCUAAUCAUUUUUGUGACUUUUUUUGCUCUUGCCAAAAGACGGCGAAACAAAGAGAAUAAAUCAAGUGUAGGACCAAAUCCGAAUCCAUUCACAAUAUGGAGCUAUGAUGGAAAGUUGGUGUAUGAGAACAUCAUUGAAGCAAUUGAAGGAUUUAAUUCCAAAUAUUGCAUUGGAGUGGGAGGGAACGGAAGUGUCUACAAAGCUGUAUUACCAAGUGGACAUAUUGUGGCUGUGAAGAAACUUCACCAACUACCAGACUGUGAAGUCGCAAAUUCAAAAGCUUUUACAAGUGAAAUUCUUGCUUUGACAAAAAUCCGACAUCGAAAUGUUGUCAAGUUCUAUGGUUUCUGCUCACAUCCGCAACAUUCGCUUCUGGUUUAUGAGUUUUUGGCUGGAGGAAGCUUGAAAAAUGUACUUUGUGAUGAGGAACAAGCAAUGGCAUUUGAUUGGAUUAAGAGAGUGAAUGUUGUCAAAGGUGUAGCCAAUGCUAUUUCCUAUAUGCACCAUGAUUGCUCACCUCCUAUAAUUCAUAGGGACAUAUCAAGCAAAAAUGUUCUGUUGGAUGAAGACUAUAAAGCUCAUGUCUCUGACUUUGGCACCGCAAGAAUUCUGAACCCUAACUCAUCCAAUUGGACUUCAUUAGCUGGCACAUUGGGUUACACUGCUCCAGAAAUUGCUUACACAAUGGAGGUGAACGAAAAAUGUGAUGUUUAUAGUUUCGGGGUUUUGGCAUUGGAAAUACUGGUAGGGGAACAUCCGAGGGAUCUCAUCUCAUCCGUGUCAUCGUCGUCAGCUUCUUCGUCUUCAACAGUACAUCAUUUGCUAUUGAAGAAUCUAUUGGACCAACGUCCUUCAUCUCCCACGAAUCGAGCAGGAAAGGAAGUGGUGUCUGUUGCAAAAAUAGCAGUCUCAUGCUUACAAUCCAAUCCGCAAUCUCGGCCCUCUAUGCAAAAAGUUUCUCAGGAGCUAUCAACUCAAAGACCCAAUGUACAGAAACAUUUUCACACCAUUACAAUGGGACAACUACUUGAUUUUGAGGAUUGAUUCUGCAUGUUGAAAAUUUCAUGUGUUUUAAGGUUUGCCAUAUGCGGUUUCUUUCAUCGAGUGCUAUGAUACCAACUCUAUCGGAACUUAUAAUUUACCAUAUUUAUAAAAA